GUCGCCGUCUCCCCACCUCCGAAUCAAGAUACAUAUCAGGUGCAGAGCCUCAAAUGUCGGCUACUACCACGCAAGCGAACAGCGUUCGUCGAGCUAAAAUCGCAUGCAAAGCAUGCAAUGCCAGGCGUGUCAAAUGCGAUAUCGCCGAUGGGCAACCCUGCUGGCACUGUCGUACAAGAUCCAUCCCAUGCGAACUGAUUGAAUCUAGGCGAGGCAAAUAUGUCCGGAAGGGGAAAAGGUCCAAUCCUCGCGCACCUCUCGACGCGAACGUGCGCCCAACAGAUGCGAAUAAGUCGAGGGCUAGGAUUUCAUCGCCCUCAUCUGAAGUCCCGGGAGAGGAAUUAUCAUCCUUUGAUACUGCAAGUAAUUUGCAAGGGCAGGAAUCAGAUAUAUCAUACGUAAUCGAGCUGAUUUAUAGACCCAACGAUCAAUCAGUCGAAGCCAAAGACGUACACUACUCCAUUCCAGCCUCAUUCGCUGCCCCUCGGCCUCCCAAGUCUGAAACCUGGCAGUCGAACACCAUUAAUGUCCCCACUGCACUUGUGAUGCCACCAAAGGAUCUAUGCGAUCAGCUUGUUCGAACAUUCUUUCAGCUGAUUCAUCCGGCAUAUCCCGUUUUUGAUCGGGAGCAAUUCCUGGAGUUAUACCUGGAGGACCGCGCCUCUCCACUUGUAUUACAUACCAUUUGUUUACUAGGCUUCACGAUUGGUAACGAUGACCUAGUCGUCUCAGCAGGCUUCGCAGACAGAGACUCUGCUAGAGAAUUCCAUUAUCUACGGGCGAAAGCAUUAUACGAUGUCGGAUACGAUGAAGACCGGUUGAAUGUGGUAGCAUGCUUGCUCCUUAUGGGAUUUUGGUGGAAUAAGUCCGAUGAUCAUAAAGAUACCUGCUACUGGGUGGGGUGCGCUACUGUUCUGGCGCAAAAUCUAGGCUUGCACAGAGCAUCGCGGAACGGGGUCUCAAGAAGACAGCAAUCACUACGGAGGAGAGUGUGGUGGUCAAUUUACGUGCGGGACCGUCACACUGCUGCAGCUUUCGGACGGCCCUGCCGUAUCCAGGAUAUCGAUUGCGAUGUGCAACCACUUACAGAACUUGAUUUCACAUUUGAUUCUGCAUUUGACACGGACCUGAUCCCCGCUCAAGAGACUUACCAUAUUGAUUAUACUCUUGAGAUGGCUCGACUAGCAAGAAUACUGGGAGAUAUCCUUGUGGCAGAAUUUAGUCCCGGCCACUCUUCAAUAGCUGAAGAUGGUACCAGCAUCUUAGCUGGGAGAUUAUCGAGGUGGAAAUCGCAAAUCCCACGAUCACUCUGCCUUAAUGAUCCCGAUGGUACUGUCGGGGCCUCCUUUUGGGCUAUGAUGCUUGACAUUGCUUAUCAAAAUUAUCACGUGCUUCUAUAUCGACCGAAGAAAUCGAAUGCUUCGGCAUUAGAUAAAUCGUAUAGAGAUUUAAUGGUUCGUAAAGCAGCCGAUUCAAUUACUCGAAUGGCGGAAGACAUGCUUGCUUUUCGGGUUAUACACUAUGGUCAAAUCCAUCUAGUACCUGCUCUGUUCGGCGCACUCGCGACGCAUACGUUUGCGAUAUGUCAUGAAGACCAUACCCGUCGACGACUGGCAGAGAACAAAUCUCGCCAGUGCCUACUUGCCUUAGGCGAGCUUGCUAAAAGUUGGCCGGUUAGCAUUUGGAUUGCAAAAGCCUUCAUAAAACUUAUGAAGCGAUUGACAGAAGAUGCUUCCGGAGGUUCGUUGAUUAAGAUAUCUUCAAGAGUCGUUAAAACCAGGCACAGCAGAUUGCCCGAAGAACCGGAACAAGUGUUGCUCAGAGAGCAUGCACCGAUAGCUAUUGCAGACCAGUGGGUAUCUAGCGGUAUCUACACUGAGAACGAGCCUGAUCCCGCAGUUUGCGAGGUUGGAGGGCGCAUCCUCCCGAAUCCCGACACGUUGGCAGUUGCCAACCUGCAAGAAUCACCUCUCGGAGAUACUCUGGAUAUUGACAUGUUCCUUCAAGACAGCCUAGAGCCAAUGCUAUCAGAUCCUUUCGAUGGUGCUCAUGAUGCUUGGGUCUAAAUGUGUGUAUCAUUCCUGUCCUGAAGUUGCGAACAAAAUGCUGCUAUCGGAAGUUACACUAAGGAAAUACACGGUUUGUAGAAGGUUUGAUAAUUCCCUAGCCUAUCUGCACCCCAAUAUCUCGCUACCUCUAGCAAAAUUACUCUUCAUCCUUAACCUCUGGCCAAAUAUGAAGAAUAUAUAUGGGAAAGGCAUCAAUAAAACUGUCAUAAAUG